GUAACUAAAAAAGAAAGAAGCAGCAGCAGCUCUCUGCAACGCCAACACAUCUCUCUCUCUCUCUCUCUCUCUUAGUCUCCUCUUCAGUCCACUCCUGAAGAAGGCCCUCUUCAUGCGGCGGUUGCUUGCUCCGCGUGCCCCUCCUUCGCUUCCCGAAUCGGCGCGCCACCAGGAGCUCGCCGCGCUUCUCCUCGCGAUUCCUUCCUUCGAAUUCCCGUCGACGACUUCCUCACCUCCCCAAGCCUCUCCGCGCAUGAAGUCCUAGCCGGUCCUCGCGUUCCGGCGGAUCUGGUCGGAUCUCUCGCGGCGCAAUUCGAGCGCCGAGGGCGGGGGUUUUUUUUUUUGAAGCGAAGAAGUUUCGGCUGGAGGGAGGAGCAGGGGGGGCGGCGGCUUGCUUUGCGGGAGCGGCGUCGAAGAACUCGAGGAGCCUGGAGCUUCUUCGCGUAAUGCGUGCGCGUGCGCGUGUGCGUGUGCGUCUGUGGUUGUGGGGAUUGGAGCGGCGGAGGGCGAUGGAGAGAGGAUCCGAGUAGAGGGUGGCGGGCGGUCCUAAAUGAAGCGCAAGGGGAAUCAGCAGCAGAAGUCUCAGCACAGAUGGAAGAGGAAGCUGUUCGCGGCGGUCUUGCUAGGGCUGUGCUUCGCGAGCUUGGCGCUGAUGCAGAGUCAGUACAGCCGCGUCGUGAAGUUGGCUUCGCUGCAUUACCGCUCUGCCCCGAAGCCCAAGAUCGCCUUCCUGUUUAUAGCCCGGAAUCGGCUCCCGCUGGACGUGGUUUGGCACGCGUUUCUCCAGGGUGAGGAGGACAGAUUUUCAAUUUUAGUCCAUUCAAGGCCUGGGUUUGUGUUAAACAAGGCAACUACAAGAUCGGUCUAUUUUUUAAAUCGGCAAGUUAAUGACAGUGUACAGGUGGAUUGGGGAGAAGCAAGCAUGAUAGAAGCGGAGCGUAUUCUUCUUAGACAUGCACUGGAAGAGCCUUUUAAUGAACGCUUUGUUUUUCUGUCAGACAGCUGCUUACCUCUAUAUAACUUCAGCUACACAUACGACUAUAUAAUGUCAACAGCAACUAGUUUUGUGGAUAGCUUUGCAGAUACAAAAGAGGGCCGUUAUAAUCCAAAAAUGGGUCCAAUUAUACCUGUUCAUAACUGGAGGAAAGGAUCUCAGUGGGUUGUUCUGUCCAGAAAACACGCUGAAGUGGUGGUAAAGGAUAAUACAGUCUUUCCAAUGUUUCAGUGGCACUGCAAGAGGAAAUCACUACCUGAGUUUUGGAGGGAUCAUCCCCUUCCAGUUGAUGCAUCAAAGGAGCACAAUUGUAUACCUGAUGAACAUUACGUGCAGACCCUUCUUGCUCAGGAAGGCCUUGAAGAAGAAAUUACACGAAGAUCACUGACACAUUCUUCAUGGGAUCUUUCAUCCUCUAAAGACCGUGAGCGUCGUGGAUGGCAUCCUGUGACUUACAAGUUUUCUGAUGCUACUCCAAUGCUAAUUCAAUCCAUAAAGGAUAUCGAUAACAUCCACUAUGCGACAGAAAACCGAAGAGAAUGGUGCAGCAGCAAAGGGAAGCCAUCGCGAUGCUUCCUGUUUGCAAGAAAAUUCACCCGGCCCGCUGCACUCCGGCUUCUAAAUAACUCGGCGCUGGGAGCUUCCAGAGAUAAUUUGUAAGUCCUGACCGCAAUGAAGUAUAAAUAGUAAUCUUUAUGUGUUAAGAGUAGCUUCAAUUAGAUCCAACUCACGCAAAGAAUGUCGUGUAAUAUGUUUGUAGAAUAAAGGGGAGAGCUGUAGAUUGAAGGAAAUAUAGGGAUAUACGAUUAUACGGUGUAUGAGCUGAUGUAAUUGAUUGGAACUUCAAGCAAUAAAAGAGAGGAUGAUUUUCCCCUUUA